AUGACUUCUGAGCGUGAGAACAAGACUUUCCUCGCAAGGCUCUGCGAGCAGGCCGAGCGCUACGAUGAGAUGGUUACCUAUAUGAAGGAAGUCGCCAAGAUUGGAGGCGAACUUUCCGUCGAUGAGCGUAACCUCCUCUCCGUUGCCUACAAGAACGUGGUCGGUACCCGCCGUGCCUCCUGGCGUAUCAUCUCCUCCAUCGAGCAGAAGGAGGAAUCCAAGGGCUCCGAGCAGCACGUUACCAUUAUCCGUGACUACCGCCAGAAGAUUGAGACCGAGUUGGAGAAGGUCUGCCAGGAUGUCCUCGACGUUCUGGACGAGUCUCUCAUCCCCAAGGCCGAAACUGGCGAGUCCAAGGUCUUCUACUACAAGAUGAAGGGCGACUACCACCGUUACCUCGCUGAAUUUGCUUCUGGCAACAAGCGCAAGGUUGCUGCUACUGCCGCCCAUGAGGCUUAUAAGAACGCCACCGAUGUUGCCCAGACCGACCUCACCCCUACCCACCCCAUCCGUCUUGGUCUCGCUCUGAACUUCUCCGUUUUCUACUACGAGAUCCUGAACUCGCCCGACCGUGCCUGCCACCUUGCCAAGCAGGCUUUCGACGAUGCCAUUGCUGAGCUCGACUCUCUCUCUGAGGAGAGCUACCGUGACAGCACCCUGAUCAUGCAGCUGCUGCGUGAUAACCUCACUCUGUGGACCUCUUCCGACGGCAACGAGGCCGAGGGUGCCCAAGCCAAGGAGGACAAGGCCGAGGAGGAACCCACUCCCGCUCCUGAGGAAAAGGCUGAGGAGGCUAAGCCUGCUCCUGCCGAGUCCUAA